ACCUACGUUUUCUUACGCUCUCACUCUAUUUUGAUAAUAAUAUGUCAAACGAGAUAUGUAUUUACCGUGUCGUGUGCUAAGCUGGAUAAUGGAGAUGAGAAUUAGUUAAGAAUGUGCUCAAGUGUCGGGGGUUUUGUCGAACUAAUACAACAAGUGGUCUUUUUGUGUGAUUGUGCUCUUUUUUUGGAUUAAAAACGGAUCUACUGGGGUUUUCCCUAAAUGAAGAAGCCACUCCGGUAUGUUCUCAUUCUGACAGAUGAUUUAAGUUUGAAAUCGGUGAGUCAGCCAACUAUCAACUAAUGAAAAAACACCCAUCAAGAUGGACCCAAAACGUGGAACGAGACCGCCUCCGUGAGCGGGAACGGCAGGCGAGGGCCCAGAUGUCGUCACAGGCGGCCGAGCAAGAAAGUCCGGGACCGCCCGGAAGUUUCCUAUUUCAACCGCUGAUAAAAGUCAACCCGUCCGCAGCAGAUCCUGUUACUCAACAGAUCCAAAGUAAAUUAGGCGAUUUCCAACGAGUCAAACAUCUUUUAGAAUACAAGGAGGGAUUGAUCGGAGGCCUCAUCGGAGUCGAUGGAGUCCCUCCGAGUCCGGGAGUGCCGUCUCCCUCUCCCACUUCCAGACAUCAGAAUCCUUUCGCACAGUUGGCGAAUGCUUCGAGCAGGCUUCAGCCACCACCUGACUCGCGGCCGGAGUUCAAAAAGCCUCACCAUCAACCCCACCAUUCGAACCAUCAGCGGGGCGGUUACAUGAAAAACGCCGAGGGUAAGCCGCCCUACGGUGGAAGAGGCGGCUACCCAGGCCAACCAGUAAAGCAUGGUAGUACCAGUAGUACCACCAGUCAUCGCACCAACGGGAUACUCCCGGCGAAGGGGCCACCCUUGGGGCAACCGCCUACGAUGUCGGUGUCAUCCUCGACGUCCUCGAGGCUGCACAGCGGCAUGGGGGAUAGGCAUGUGAGGCCACCAUUGGAUCAGAAUUGUCAAGGAACUGCACCGGCUGGACCGAGGCAGACCUCACCUUCUGCAACACCAGCUCCUCAUGACGUCGAUAAUAUACUCAAGGAAAUGAUCGUUCCAACAACACCUUUACCGGCAAUGGCGGCCACUCCGAGGAUAGAACUGGAUAAUAAAUAUACCUAUAAUCUUACCAAGUUGACUGAGGCUGCUCCAAUUGUAAAAAAACGUGAACGACAACUUGUACCUCGUCAAUCAACGGAUUUAAGAGAUGAUCUCGAGAUUUCAGAUGAGAGUGAUGAGGAACACAAAAAUGCAUUACCUUCAUCUAAUCCAAUAGGAAGAAUGUUGUCGCCUUUAGGAGCAACCCCUGCCAUUCAUACCUCCCGAAUGGAAAGGCCGCCCGAGCCUUUAGCACCGAUGCCUUCUUCACCUAUAGCGAGUUCGUCUAGUGAUUCCGGUUCCGAUUCCGGAUCGGAUAGCGACUCCACCACCGAUGACUCCGGCGAUGAAAACAUCCAUCCUGUUAGCGUAGUCCAUCCUGUCGAACCACCUCCAGAACCUACCACCCCUGCGUCUCCAAAGGCGGAGGAAGAGCAACGAUGGAACCUCGCGUCGUUUGUGUCAUCGAACAGCCAUCAAAAUUUCGGAGGAACCGCUACCUCGCCGUUCCUUUCUCCUAUCAAGCCUUCUUCUCAACCUAAAGUCUCUUCCGAUGAUGAACAAAAGAGGACGGAAGAAUCAGACACCAGCGAUUCGGCGAAUGACAGCAAAGUCAUGGCAGAAGCCAAAGCUCUUGCGGCUUUUAACUCUAUUCCUUUGUUGUCGAGUUUUUCGGAUUCGGAAGACGACGACCACGUUAAUGUAAAAAGACGGAAACGUACCAUACAACCAGUUACCAAUCCACCAGUUAGUGAUAGUGAUAGUGACGUAGAAAACGAAAGGACUAGUAGGAUAAAGCCGGCGAUUCGGGCGAGUCCAAGGACGAAAUCGGUCGAUGUGAAUAGUGACUCUGAUUCGGAACCCGUUAAACCGUAUAGUCCGGCGAUAAAGAAGCCAAAAUCUCCUGCACCGGUCGUGGUUCCGGAAAAAGUUAUUAAACCUCCUCGUGGACGACCGAGGAAAAAUAAAUUGCCGGCUACGGGAGAACCAAAAGAAGUGAAGAAGCGUGGUCGGCCAGCAAAAGUAAACAAACCUAGAAGAUCACGCAGUGGCUCUUCUGGUACUGAGGUUCGAAAAGCGAAAAGGGGUCGUCCUCCAAAGCAACAUGCAGCUCGAUCGCUGAGCUCAUCCGACGAAGAAGACAGACCAAAGUUCGAGAAACCUCCACCGCCUUCACGUCGUCGUACGUCCAAAGUUGCUACGUCGAGCAGUUCUGAUUCAGAUAGUCCAGCCCCAGUACGAAGGAAAUCCAGCAGUAGUAUCGGUAGCAUACGGCACGAAUCUGAAAAGGAAACUCCUAAGAAGUCUCGUUUCAAAGAAGAUCGCAAACGAUCCAAGAAACGUUCUGAUGACGACGAGUGGGGCAAGGAGAACAAGGUGAUUUUGAAGAACCAUUUCAAAGACGGUAAAAAUGGUUUGGAACCUCCGAUUAAAGAUGCUGCGUCACCUCCACGACGGAAACGAAGUACUAAGAGAAUGCCUGAACCUAUAAGUGCCGCGUUUGUACCCUCUUCAGACACUAGUGAUACUGACACAAAGGCAAAACCUGUUGUUAAGCCAAAGCGAGUAAGGUCAUCGUCUGAGGAAGGCCCCAAAAAGGUCAGCGAUUCUGAUAGUGAUGCACCAUCAAAGAAGCCUCCCGUUAAAAUAGAUUCGACGACAGUCAUCAAAGUCGAUGAAAACAAGACCAUCGCGGACAAGAAGAAAAGCGAUACACUUAGGAAAUUGUUUACUCCCAAGAGAGAUUCGGAAGGAGGCAAAGGUGGUGGGAAAGGAGGAGGAAAAGGAGGCAAAGGAGGAAAGGGCAAAGCUGGUGUAAAUGUAAUAAUUGUCGACGGGGAUUAUGAACGAAGUAGUUCUUCUGUUGAGGACGAAGCAAUGCCUACGGCUGUCUCCACAGUUGUCGAACCAGUUCCCCCAGUUAAGGAAGUUAGAAAGAGUCCCCCCGUACCUCCUAGUCGUCCUUCUUCGCCCGAAGAACCCAUCCAAGAACCAAAUAGUUUAUCCAAGACUGAUAGUAAAGAGAAACCUCAACUUUGGGUUAAAAUUGAUCUACAAAAAUUGAACAUUAGUCGUAUACCUAUUCUUCAGAAGCAUUUAGAAUCUACAAAGCCUUGGUUACUGGAACCUAAACCAGAGGAAAAGGCGAAAGAAAAACAAAGUGAUAAUGAAGAAGUAGUGGUAAAGCAAAAGCCUUCAGUUAAAGAGGUUAAAGAAACGAAAAAGCCUUUAUCACAGUUGGAUGAUCCUCCUGAUCACAAGCAUAAAUCAAAGAAAAGAAAAAGAAGAAACAGCUCAAGCUCUAUCUCUUCUCACUCAACAGUUAGCAGUAGUUUGUCUCAUAGUAGUAAUAAGAAGGACUAUCACAAAAAAGAAAAGGAAAAGUCUAAAGAAAACAUUAAGCAUAAGAGGCGAAAAACUAAUGAUGUACAAAGAUCUCAAAAGGAAAAUCUCAGUUUAACAAAUGCUCCACCCACGAAUCACGAGCGGGAAGCAAACCGGAUACCAAGUGCUUCUUCUACCAUUGAUCCUCCUACACCCUCGGCUAGUAAAGUUCAACCUACUAGAGAGUACCAUUCGUAUUUUGAGACCCCAGAGGAACCCUCAGAAUAUGAAGAAAGGGAUCAAAACCUGUACCUGAGUGAUGCAAAAAGGUUUAAACAUAUGGCGGACAAAGAGACCGACACCAUUAAGCAGUGUAUGUUGUACCUGGAGGCUGUACUAUUUUUCCUGUUAACUGGUAAUGCCAUGGAACAUGAACGAGUUACAGAAAAAUCGGCCUACACCAUGUAUAGAGAUACGCUUGCUUUAAUCAAACACAUUUCGCUCAACUUCAGAAAGCAGCAAAAUGCCUCACCUGUAUAUAAUAAACUUGCUGUGUUAAGUUACCGGUGCCAAGCUCUCCUGUAUUAUAAAUUAUUUAAGCUGAAAACGAAAGAAGCUAGAGAUUAUCAAAAGAUCAUCACUGAUUACUGUACUAAGAACCAAGGUGCUUUAGAUCCCCAGAACCACCAGCAAGGGCAGGGAACGCCCUCGCCGCUAUCUCCAACUCCCUCUCCUGCAGGUUCUGUAGGGUCUGUCGGUAGCCAAUCUUCGGGAUACAACAGCGGAGAAUUAGCUACCAGAGGCAACGUUUCCGCAACCACAUCCCAAAACGCUGGUUUGUGGGUACCUCUUCCUGUUUAUAACGCCAUUUCCAAACAAAAUCAGCACGUUACAUAUCUUAUGUCAUACCAAGAUCUAUGGGAUCAAGCUGAUUCUUUGGUCGUUAGAGGCAAAUAUACCGAUUUCUUCAUUGAAUUGGACAGACAGUGCAAACCCUUAACGAUGCACAGCUCCCUCAUCGAUCUAGUGCGCUACGUCCGAGAGGGAAUCACAAGGCUGAGAAACGAAAGUUAGAAGUGGUUUUCACACGAUCUGUACAUAAAGAAAAAAUGUAUGCCAAAGAACGCACCAAGUCAAUUGUUUCGUCAAUGGAAUCGGCCGUCAGUGUAGGAGAGAAUAUACCUUUUUAUAUUUUGAUGAAUAUUAACAUUUUGUGAAUCGAGUCCUUCUUGGACCGGAAAUUCAAUGGUUCUUCAUCAACAUCGAGACAAGGAUUUUUAUGUGUUAGCGGAAGAAUAUUUUGUUCCUUUGUUUUACUUUUUAGUGGUGAUUUAUGGACUUUUUCUAGCAAAUAGUAUAAAUUUUAUUUUUGGUUAUUUAAUUUGUAGAAAAACUAAUUGUCUAGAUUUUGAUGAACGCUUUUCAUCGCGGACUCUAAACUUAGAUUAGCUAAUUGACUUAAUUUUUACUUAUAUUAAAUACUUGCUCUUCAUUUACAAACUGUUGGUAUCUUUAUCCCAAUUCCGCUAUUUAAUAUAACAUGUGUUGAUAUAAUUUAUUAGACAGUGAAUCGUACAGAUGUUUGACAUAUAGUAUGCGAGCCGAUAUGAACACUUCAUAAAAAUGGAGAUAAAAGUAAUGGAAUAAAAGUAAUCGAAAAACUUCGUUUAAAUAAAGACACAACAAAGAAGAUGCAUAUAAAAUAACGCAUAGGAAAAGCGAGAUCAGCGUUCAUAAUGAUGAAGUCUCUUUUCAGCAGUCACGAUUUACCACUUGGUCGUCCAUGAUGGUUGGGUCAGUGGGUAGCCCCAUUGUUCUUAAAUCUGACCAUAUCGUCGGUGAUGUGAAAAUACCUCCUAUCUACUUUUUCAUGAAUUUUGUAAGAGAGAUUUCAAACUUUUUUUACGGUCACCUUCUGUUCUCAUAUAUUUUUUGACUUGUUUUGUAGUAAAUUGAAAUAUUUAUUUACUACAAAUAAGUCAAAACUUACAUAUGAAAACAGGAGGUGACCCUAAAAAAAGUUUGAAAUCUCUCUUACAAAAUUCAUGAAAAAGCAGAUAGGAGGUAUAUAGUUACAUCACUGAUGAUAUAUUGCCUCUCCAUCGCAUUCGUCGGCAUCCUAAGGGCUCCUGUGGGGGCUUCCUCCCAGAUCAGCUUGGCAAGGCGGUUAUUAGGGAGUCUAUGGACAUGACCAGCCUAUAUCUUAGAAGCUGAGAUUUAAUUUCUUGGACUACGUCGCUUUCAAAGAUUCAAAGGUUCAAAGAUUCUUCUGAGGAUUUUUCUCCCAAAACAUUCAAGUUUUCUUUCAAUAAAAAAAACUCUAUCGUCAGAUUCUAUGUAUUUUCUACAUUUAUAUGGAGUAGAGGCCUGGAUGCUUUUCGAAGCAUCUUUAAGAAAACUCGAGGCAUUCGAGAUGUCGUGUUACAGAAGCAUUUUAAGAAUUUCAUCGUGUAAACUAAUCAUGUAAACUAAUGUUCAGGCCCCACAUAGAAUGGGCAAGGAAUCCGAGAUUAUUAACACCAUCGAAGAGCGCAAACUAGAAUAUCUUGGCCAUGUUGUGAGGAAUGAACAGAUAUUGCUGCAAUUCAUUCUUCAUGGCAAGUUAUUUGGAAAGAGAGGACCAGGGAGAAGAAGAAUGUCUUGGCUUCAAAUCCUGAGAAAGUGGUUUAAUAUAUCGACAACCAGACUAUUCCGAAUAGCAGCAAGCAAAGUUAGGAUAGCCAUGCUGAUCGCCAACAUCCACAAUGGAUAGGCACCGUAAGAAGAAGAAAGAAGAUUCAAUAAAUAAAGACAAUACACACACCAAAGGUAAACAAAAACUAAACAAAUCGAGAUGCAAGGGGGGUGGUCUCCACCUAGACCAUAAGGGAGUGGUGGAAUACCUAAAUAUGUAGGGCCUUCCCCAUGUAUGUGUCACUAAUGAAGACAAUACACACACCAAUAGUAAACAAAAACUGGAAAGGGAAUGAAGACACAAAAAGGACAAAACAUACACCAAUCUGUGAGUUGGUACAUAGAAUCGUCUGUUGUAAAGAGAUGACAGGCCAUAGUUUGGUAAGAUUCCAAUGAGAGGUCCUUAUGCGCGAGCAUAAGGGGGUGGUGGAAUACCUAAACAGGUAGGGCCCUCUCCAUGUGUGUAACUAAUGAAGAUAAUACACACACCAACGGUAAACAAAAACUAGAGGGAAAGAAGACACAAAAAGUUUAACUCACAAAAUUUGUGAGUUGAACGUAGAGAUGCAUCACACUUUAAACAAAAACCUAUAGGGUGUGCUGUGUUGUAAAUAGAUGACAUCAUCAAUAUGCAAAGCCAUAGUUCAGUAAUAUUCGAAUGAGAAGUCCUUAUGCACAAGCAUAAGGGGGUGGUGGAAUACCUAAAUAGGUAAGGACCUCUCCGCAGUUCAAAUAUACAAUCUGCAGCUUUUUCUUAGUCAUUGACCUGCUGCAGGUAUCGUGAUAUCAUGAAGUCAGCUGAUUUUUCCAAUGUUCCUCCUGUUCCGUUGGUGGUUUACGGAAACAAUUAUGAAAUUAAAGUAAGUGUAAAACAACGAACAGUAAUAUAUUUAUUUAUUUUGGGUAAACAAGCGUGCUUCGUUUAUAUCUCGUAAGGGUUUGUUAUUUUAGCGAGGGUGUGACUGCGCUGCUUGUCCGCUGUGUCGAUACUGACCGAGACCACAACGCUAUUAUAUCAUCAUGUAUGCGGUUCUACCAUGUGGCCAGAAAAGGCGAUAAAUUACUAAAUCUGGCGUUUUAAAAGCUGAGAACCUUUCUGUAGUUUUUAAGAAGUUGACAUAAAGAGCGUGGCCAAUCUGGCAAUUUGUGUUUCCCUGAAAAAACCAUUAAUUUUGAAAACACAAUCUGGUUUUGUAUUUUAGGAGCACAUGUGAAUUGAACAUGAGACGUAUUCUUUGGUUUUGAGAAAAGUUAAUAUUUAAAAUUAGCUAUUAAAAAAAUAAUAAAUGAAGCGUGUCGCUAUACUCCAUUUCUCUCUACUACUCUAGCACAUUCUGACAAUGGAUUGCCCAUCGUAGCAAAAAUAUGAUUUCUGUAUCUUAUGGAAGACCUAUCUCUUCUACUUCUUUUGCCUUCCAUCUUUCCUUGGGUGUUAAGUUUUUCAAGACCAUUUUUUCGAAGCAUGUGUCCAAAAUAGUCUAUUAUUUGUUCCGAUAUUUGUGUUCUUAGUAUUUUCUUUAUGUUUAGCUGGUUUACUGUAGAUUCAUUUGUUCUUCGUGCCACCUAUGGUAUUCUCAACAUUCGUCUCCAGCGUUAUCUUUCUCCAUAAGAGUCCAGCAAUCUGAUGCAUAAGUGAAAACUGAAAAAAGCUCAGUCUCAUUGAAUUUUCUUAGUCUCUGAUCUCAGUUUUGGUUUUAUGCCCUUCUAUUUCCAUGCAGAUUUUGUUCAAGUGUGUGUUCUUAUCCCUUUUGCAGCAUUUAGUUUUAUUUUGGACGUUCAGCGCUUUAUUGGGACUGUGCAAGUUCGGAAAAGCGACGCCUGGUUUCAUAGCUGAGCAACAUAUUUCGCACUUUUAAUUAUAUUGGCCAAUUAUGUUAGUCCUGGUUGCUGGAUACUUGUCAAGGUCAUAGCCCAAAAAAAAUUAUAAGAAGAAAAAGUAAUAUUGAGGUUAUGUUAUUAAAAGGUAAACAAUUGUAUGUAGUAAAUAAAAUUAAUCAUUAAAAUGCAGUACUGCAAGCAAAAUACAAUUACAUAAUUAAAAUUAAAAUAAUCAUAUCAAUAUUGUGGAGCAACAUAUAAUUUUUCUUCUUCAAUGACAGUAGGUAUGAAAUAUACGUCAAUCUGACAAUUUCAAUUGACAAUAUGAUUUAUUUAAGAAAGUUGCAAGAUUUCUCCGCUAUUCGCGCAUGAUCAUUUCUCGUAUCCCCUCCAAGUACUUGCACACCGCGAAUAGGCCUCUGCAGCUAUUAUUGUACAAUCUGUAGCUAUCUCAAUCUAUUAUCAAUACUAUGUUAUAUUUAGCAUUUGACAUUUUAUAGUUAAUCAGAUAAACAUACCAACAGUUUGGAUUUAGCAGGAGUUAAAUUAAUAGGGCAAAAGCCAUUUCAAAAAAUGGCAAAACAGAUAGUCGACAAUUGGAUCGGCUGAACUUAUAAGGUGCAGUACUAUAAAAUAUUUUUACAUUAGUAAAAUUCCACGUACAUAGUGUAUAUUUUUUUUGUAAAUAUUGUAUGCUAAAGUUAUAUAUUUACAACUUGCUAUAUUUGUACAAUGCUAAAAAAUUUAGGCCUAGUAAAUCAAAUCACUACAUCUCAAAUCGGUUGUGGUUCAUGGAUGUAGAGUAAUUAAAAGAAUAGUGAUAGGAUAGCCUCCGGUUGUUUCUGUAAUUAGUCAAAAGUUGGUUGCUUUCUUUAUAUCUUGGAGGUAAAUUUAUCUUAUUGUAAUGUUGAAUGGGUUGCGUAUGUUGAGUCUAUGAAAUAAAUUAAGAGACUUACAAUCAAUUUAUUAUUUACUCUGGAUGACCGGUUUCGCUUUCGUCGAUAUGCAAAGCAUCGUCAGGUCCCGGUAACAGUCAAUAUUGACAUAUGUCAAUACAAGGCAUCAUUUCAAUACAACAUUUAGUUUACUGUUACCGGGACCUGACGAUUCUUUGCAUAUUGUAGAAAGCGAAACCGGUUGUCUGGAGUAAAUUAUAAAUUGAUUGUGAGUAUGUCUCUUAUUUUAUUUCAUUUUAUCUUAUUGUAUAAUUUUAUUAAUCGUGACAAUUAUUAGUUCAAAUAUCACGUCAUUGUCAAAAUACAUAAAACAUAAACGCAUAGGAAUGAUAAAAAAUGUUAUCUAUAUUUCGACAACUGUAUUUUUCAGCUUCCUCUAUGAAAUUAGAAACAUAAAUAAUUACUUUUUUGUAAAUAUGUGAUAUUAUUUUUUAAAUGAUUGUAAAGCUUAAUGUUAAUAUUAUGUAAAAUUAAUAUAUUUAAUUUAAACAAAAA